AUUAAGAGACAAAGCCAGCUGCUCGUAGUAGUUCAGGUAAUUAGAGAAUCAUCACCAUUUCAUCAAUGGCGUUAAUCCAUGGAAGCGAAGAAGUGAUCUCCCAUGAGGAGGACAUGGUCGGAGCCUUCGCGCUGCUCUACCACCACGUGUUCAGCUACAUCAAGCCCAUGGCGCUCAAGUGCGCCGUGGAGCUCGGCAUCCCCGACGCGAUCCACCGCCGCGGCGGCGCCGCCACCCUGGCCAACAUCGCCGCCGAUACCGGCGUGCACGCGUCCAGACUCACCGACCUCCGGUGCCUCAUGAAGCUGCUCACCACCUCGGGCAUGUUCGCCGCCACCGCCGCCACGACCGACGGCGGCGAGGGCGAGCCCGCCGUCGCGACGUCGACCAUGUACACGCUCACCGCAGCGUCCGGCCUCGUCGUCGGCCCGCGCGGGCUGUCCACCGUGGUGCGCUUCGCGGCGGGCCCCGUCGCCGUCUCCCCGUUCUUCGACAUGCACGCAUGGCUGCGCGCCGCGCCGGCGGCGGCGCCGCCCGCGGCGAGGUCGCUGUUCGAGCUGGCGCACGGGCGGUCCAGGUGGGACGCGGCGAACGCGGACAACGACACCAUGAACGCGCACAGCUUCGUGGAGAGCCAGCUGCUGAUCGAGGCCGUCCUCAGGGACCACGCCGGCGUGUUCCGCGGGCUGCGCUCGCUGGUCGACGUCGGCGGCGGCCACGGCGCGGUCGCCAAGGCCAUCGCCGCGGCCUUCCCGGACAUCAAGUGCACCGUGAUGGACCUCCCCCACGUCGUCGCCGACGCCCCCGUCUCCGACGACGGCAACCUGCAUCUCGUCGCCGGCGACAUGUUCCAAUCCAUUCCACCAGCGGACGCUGUUCUACUCAAAUACGUGUUGCACUGCUGGGGAGACGACGACUGCGUGAGGAUUCUCCGGAACUGCAGGGAGGCGAUCCCGGCGAGGGAGGCCGGAGGGAAGGUGAUCAUAACGGAGCUGGUGCUGGGCUCGUCGGCGGCGUCGCGCGACGCCAACGUGGCGGAGGCGGAGGACAUGCACAGCCUCUUCCUCAUGUGCAUCAGUGGCGUCGGGCGGGAGGAGCGCGAGUGGAGGGCCAUCUUCUCCGACGCCGGCUUCGGCGACUACAAGAUCACGCCGGUGUUGGGCCCUAUCUCCGUUAUCGAGGUCUACCCGUGAAAUGGAAUGAAAUCAAUGGAGUCCGGUAGUUGAUGAUCGAUCGAUCGAUCGAGUGUGUGGAAGUGAGUGACCAGUAGUAUGUGUAAUAAGCGUCGUUUGCACACGCAUUGUGUUGUUGUUUUUGUUUCUUUUUUUUUGUGAUUUUUGUGUGCUGGUGUGCUUGGGAUCUGUAUUUCAAUAAAAGAUAAUUAUGUAAAUGUUGUCAACA